CCUGCGCCCGCGCCUGCGGUCCGCCCGACUGCCCGAGCACGAGCCGAACACGCUCGGGGCGUCGCUCAAACGGCCCCGCCCCGCCCCGCGCGGUCCUUCUCCCUGGCGCCUCGCGGCGGUUCGCCAGUCGCUGCCCUGUUCCUAGAGAGGCUGGGGCGCCCGCCUUUGGCCUCUGGCGAAAGUCGAGUCUCAGAAGCCUCGACAGCGGCGGCGCUGGGAACUCGGCCCGCUGGAGCCCAGACGUCCGCCCGGCGGCCCAUGCUGUUUGCUACUAAUGGGUGUUAGCAAGUUAGAUAUUCUCUACCGGAGACUUCUCCUCACAAAACUUUUUAUUAGAGGAUGGGGAAGGCCAGAAGAUCUCAAAAGACUUUUUGAAUUCAGGAAGAUGAUUGGAAACCGAGAAAGAUGCCAGAAUCUGGUUUCAAGCGAUUAUCCAGUGUACAUUGAUAAGAUUGAAGAGCAGUCAGACUGUAAGAUCCUAGAUGGACACUUCGUUUCCCCAAUGGCCCAUUAUGUACCCAAUAUCAUGCCAGCUGAAUCUGUUAUUGCAAGGUUCCAAUUUAUUGUGCCUAAAGAAUGGAACAGCAAAUAUAGACCUGUGUGCAUUCAUCUUGCUGGAACAGGAGAUCAUCAUUACUGGAGGCGACGAACACUAAUGGCCCGUCCUAUGAUUAAAGAAGCUCGAAUGGCUUCACUGUUGUUAGAAAACCCUUAUUAUGGCUGCAGGAAACCCAAGGACCAAGUGCGGUCCAGUUUAAAAAAUGUGUCUGACCUUUUUGUGAUGGGAGGAGCUCUUGUUUUAGAAUCUGCAGCUCUCUUGCACUGGCUAGAGAGGGAAGGUUAUGGACCUUUAGGAAUGACCGGAAUAUCCAUGGGAGGACACAUGGCCUCCUUAGCAGUAUCCAACUGGCCUAAGCCUAUGCCAUUGAUUCCAUGUCUGUCUUGGUCCACAGCAUCUGCGGUGUUUACUACGGGUGUACUGAGUAAAUCAGUUAAUUGGAGGGAGCUGGAAAAACAAUAUUACACACAGACAGUUUAUGAAGAAGAAAUUAUCCACAUGCUUGAAUACUGUGGAACAGAUUCUUUCAAAAUGGGACAAGAUUUUGUGAAACGCUUCCCUAGCAGUGCAGACAAGUUGGUUUCCAGGAGUUUAAAUUUAGAUAUGACAAACCAAGUUGUGUCCCAACAACCUGCUGAGUGCCAAACUUCUAGUAAAACAUCUCUCAGUGCUACAUCAGAAGGACUCUUGUUGCAAGAUGCCUCUAAGAUAGACUGCCUGAAUCAAACACUUUCAACCAACAAAAGUAAUUACACAAGUUACAACCCUCAGUCAUACCAGGUCGUCAGCAAAGAACAAAGAAGAAACAAUCUUCAAAAAGAAUCUUUAAUAUUUAUGAAAGGCGUCAUGGAUGAAUGUACUCAUGUAGCAAAUUUCUCAGUUCCAGUUGACCCAAGCCUCAUUAUAGUGGUGCAAGCCAAAGAAGAUGCGUAUAUUCCACGAACAGGAGUUCGAAGUCUACAAGAAAUUUGGCCUGGUUGUGAAAUCCGCUAUCUAGAAGGGGGUCAUAUUAGCGCUUACCUUUUUAAACAGGGACUCUUCAGACAAGCCAUCUAUGAUGCAUUUGAACGCUUCCUUCAUAAAUACGCUAACUAACAAGGUUGCUGUAUCACAGUAUAACUGGAGCAGCCAUUGUGUUUCUUAGAAAAGGAAUUUUCAUCCUGUGGUGAUGUGAAGAACCAGCAGACAGCACUAUAGAUCUCAUUUCUACCGUUGUAAUCUGGAAUUCAGUGUUACACAUCAGUUAUAAACUUUAAAUACAUAUCAGUACUUUCA